AUGUUGGAACCUGCCUACAAGCGUCCUCGCAUCCAGCGCUCCCCUUCUCCCGUAUACAAGCUUGACGAUCAAGAUGACUCCUAUGAACCGUAUGUUCCCGUCGCUCAGAGGCGUCAGGCCAAACUCGCAAAACUGACGUCUUGGGGCGCACAUCCGGAAAAGGAAAAGGCGAAACAACUCCAGGAAGAGCAGGACGAGCGUGAUGACGAGGAGCGCGAGGAGGAACGCAGGAGAGAAAAGGCUCGCAAGGAGAGGACUCUCUUGAUGGAGGCUCAGGAAGUUCACGACCGAAAGGCUGCAGAGGAUUCCAAGAAGACUGCGGCGGAGAAGGCUGAGGAAGCCGACGCCGAAAUCCUCGCCGCCAUCGCUGCUCGCCGGAAGCUCGCGUCUGACUUGGAGCUGGCGAAAGGUGUGCUGUACACUGAGCCCAUGAAGUCAUCAUGGCGGCCACCUAAGUUUAUACGAGAUAGAAAUCCCGAGGAGACCAGGAGGAUCUGGGAGAAAAACCACAUCAUCGUUGAGGGCGACAACAUACCGCCACCCAUUGAGAACUUCACGGACAUGAAAGUUCCGGAACCUCUUGUCAAGUUUCUAAAGUCGAAGCGGAUCACGAAGCCUACUCCCAUUCAGCUGCAAGGGAUACCGACGGCCUUCGCUGGACGGGACAUGAUUGGCAUCGCAUUCACCGGCUCCGGGAAGACCCUCGCAUUCUGCCUACCUCUCAUGAUGGUCGCUCUUGAAGAGGAAGCGCGACUCCCCCUAGUCCGUGGCGAAGGCCCCGUCGGAAUCAUCCUUUGUCCUUCCCGGGAGUUGGCUACACAGACAUACGAGAACGUCCUGACUUGGACCGCCGCACUUGCGAAGGACGGGCAGUAUCCGCAGCUUAACACGCUGUUGUGCAUCGGCGGCAUCUCCAUGGGGGAGCAGAGCCAUGUCCUAAACAAGGGGCUUCACAUCGUAGUAGCGACCCCAGGGCGUCUCAUAGACAUGCUCGAGAAGAAGCGAUUCACGUUUGACAACUGCAAGUACCUCUGUAUGGACGAAGCUGACCGGAUGAUCGACUUGGGUUUCGAAGACGAUGUCCGUAACAUCAUGAGCUUCUUCAAGCGACAACGCCAGACGCUACUUUUCUCCGCUACCAUGCCGAAGAAGAUCCAGGAUUUUGCACAACAGUCACUUGUGAAGCCCGUUCUGGUCAACGUCGGGCGUGCUGGCGCAGCGAACCUGGACGUCUUGCAAGUCGUCGAAUACGUCAAACAGGAGGCCAAAAUGGUCUACCUCUUGGAGUGCCUGCAGAAGACGCCCCCGCCGGUCAUCAUCUUCAGCGAGAACAAGAACGAAGUCGAUGACAUCCAAGAGUACCUGUUGUUGAAAGGUGUUGAGGCUGUCGCGAUCCACGGAUCCAAAACCCAGGAAGAACGCCAGUACGCAAUCAAGUCCUUCAAGUCGGGCGCAAAGGAUGUCAUGGUAGCGUCCAGCGUCGCCUCCAAGGGUCUCGACUUCAACGACAUCCAGCACGUCAUCAUCUUCUCGAUGCCCAAGGAGAUCGAGGACUACGUGCACCAGAUCGGUCGUACGGGCCGAAGCGGCAAGACCGGUAUCGCAACCACAUUCGUGAACAUGAACACGCCGGAGCAGACGCUCCUCGACCUCAAGUACCUGCUCAUGGAAGCCGGCCAAAAGGUCCCACCGUUCUUGCAGAGUAUCGAGGAUCCCCGCGCGGCGCAGGGCGGCACGCUCAAGGGCUGUCCUGUGUGUGGUGGACUCGGCCACGGUAUCUCCAACUGCCCCAAACUGGAGGAUACGCAACGGAGGCAGAUGGCUUCUCAUCGGAUCUCAGAUGACACAGGAGGCUAUUGA